CCGGAAGUUGUUUCAGCUGCCAUGUUUGGUUGCUUUGUUGUAGGCUUCUACAAGGUUUCCUACAGAUUUACUAAGUGUGGAAAUGGAGCCGAGCUGGAGUACGUUUCUUUUUCAACAGGCCAAUGAAGCCCUCCACCACCAGCACCAUGUGGCCCAGAACAGCCUGCUGCCACUUCUUAAUGCAGGAGCUGAACAAAUUGACCAGAAGCCUAUCCUUCCCAUCCACAUAGACCAGAAGCCCCCUACCAGCGCGGCCGAUCUACUCAAAGACAAUGUGGCCAGCGGAGGAGGGGGACGGCCGCCAAUGCCCGUGAUAAAGAAGGAGCACAAAGGUAAAACGCCAUUUGUCUGUGGCUACUGCAACAAGGCCUUUCGUGACAGCUACCACCUGCGACGCCAUGAGUCCAGCCACACAGGUAUUAAGAUGGUGUCACGGCCAAAGAAGGCCGCCCAGACAGCCCCCACCAUGGUACCCAUGAUCUCCACCAUGCAACGAGAGAACAACGGCAACCAAUCCUACAUCUCCACCGUGGCAGGCAUCCUCUCCACAGCAACCACCUCGGUUUCCUCGGGCGCAAGCAUCAUGACUUCAUCUGCGAUGGGAAAUAUGCCGCAGCAAAAUGUCCCCAAGAAACCGGCCAAACCUGUCAAGAAAAACCACGGGUGUGAGAUGUGUGGCAAGGCCUUUCGUGAUGUCUACCACCUGAAUCGCCACAAGCUGUCCCAUUCAGACGAGAAGCCUUUUGAGUGCCCCAUCUGCCAGCAGCGCUUUAAAAGGAAGGACCGAAUGACCUACCAUGUUCGCUCUCAUGACGGGGGAGUCCACAAGCCCUAUGUAUGUUCAGUGUGUGGGAAAGGCUUCUCCAGGCCAGACCACUUGAGCUGCCACGUGAAGCAUGUGCAUUCCUCAGAAAGACCGUUUAAAUGUCAAGUAACGGCCUGUACCUCUGCUUUCGCCACCAAAGACAGACUCCGUUCCCACAUGAUCAGGCAUGAAGGCAAGGUCACCUGUAGCAUCUGUGGGAAGAUGCUCAGUGCAGCCUACAUCACCAGCCAUUUGAAGACUCACGGACAGACCAACUUCAACUCCUGUAACAAAGAGGGUAACGGGGUCUGCAAUUCUUCCUCAGCUACACCUGUGACCAUUUCUGCCCCCAUCACCUCGGCGAUGAACCGGGGCCACUCCAACAACCCUGUCACCAUAGCCGCACAAAUGAACAUUACCACCAACACGGUCAACAUCACAUCUCCAAUCAGCCUCCAGCACCCAGUCACCAUCACCGGGCCCGUCAACAUUGCUUCUGUCAACAUACCUUCUUCGGUUCCCAUGAAUAUUGCCCACCCAGUCGCUAUAACAACCACCAUGCCUAUGAAUAUGGCUGGUCAGCUCAACAUCGCCAUGAGGUCAAUGGAUAGCAUGCCUUUUCUGUCCCAAGUCUUGCCUUCUUCCCAACACUGGUAAAAAGGAGAGACAGAGCAUUGGACUGGCCAGAAAGAAAGGGGAAAAUGAAGUGAAACAAGAGACUCCUGUCGUCAUCAUUUGCACCUCAAGCCCAGCUCUUUCUUCUCCCCCCCCCCAACCCAUGUUUACUUACCCUGAAGUGAAUAUUUACAUGAGCUGUGCGGGCGGUAGGAGCUCCCCAAGUCACAGCCGCGUCCCAACUAAUGUUAAGUGAAUGAGAUGCAGAACACUUAAGUAGAAAUCGAUUAGGAUUUCUCUUGAAAUCAGGACAACCGUAAGACUUAGCGUAGUCAGUUAGAGUGAAACUGUGAUAUGUGUAAUGACAAAUGAGAGGAUUCCUCAAGCACCCUUGAGGACUCUGUAGGAAAACACACCUGUGCUUUUGUAAAAGGGAGAUGAGAAAUGGACUGAAGCAAUAACAAUAAAUUGCUGUUUUUGAUGUUUUACAAGUUCUCUCCCAAAGCCUCUGGGUGUUACUUUAUAUGUUGUUUUUUUUAUUAUAAUUAUAGCCUGCUAAUCACAAUUUAAUGUUAUAGGAAAUGAGUCUAGUAAAAGGGACAGUCGCUUCCAUCUGCAUGGAAGAAUAUUUUUUCAAAGUGCUAUAGCUUUUCUUUUUCUUCUCAGAUAGUAGGUAUGCUCUUGAGGUACAGUGACUAACUUGUACAGUUGACAUAGUAAUGUAUUUUCAUGUCAGCGUUUCAAUUUUUGCAUUUGUCAAGUGGAAAUGUCAACGCUGUCCUCUUGACAAUUAAAUAUGUGUACUUUUUUUUUUUUCUCUCCAUGAAGUCUGAAUGGAAUGAGUCUUGCACUGAAAGCAUAUCCUACAUACAGGUGAGCAACAGUAUUAUUGAAGAUCAAAUUAGAGUCUUAAGUGUUUUGGUUAGCCUGCCUGCACUUGAGGGCCAUCUAGUGGCUGAGCAUGGAACUGCUUGGCCUUGUAGUGAAGCUUUUUCAGGCUGUUACUGUCAUCAUGAUGGUGACUAAUUAGUUUUGUCUGACUCUUCUGUACACUGUUUGUUUUUGUUUUUUUCAUAUUUAUCUGUGAUUUCCCCAAGAUGAUGCUAAGGAUCCUUCACUCAGGAAACACACAUAGAAGCCCGUUACACAUGAAUUUGGUUCCUUUUUAAAUUUAAUACAUCUAUACCAAGUAUCUUGAUUCUUGAUCUCUCCAUGUUCAUGUUUUGAUUUCCUAUAUCAUUUGGAAUUGUCAUGUUCAAAGACUCGACUCCCAUCAGGGACAAGAAGUCCAAGAAGUUUUUUAUUUUAAACAUAGCCGUCCAUUUAACUAAUCAUUCACCGUGCAAUGGCAUACUUUUUAUUAUUUUUAUUUUUUUUGACAUUUCCUUUGAAGUCAAGUUACGUCUCAGGCUGCAUAGUUAUGCGGCUGAGAUCUGAAUGAGUUUGAUAAAAUGCAAGUUUGUAUCCAUACAAAUAAUGGGUACAAAAUUGAUGUUGCAUGACCCCAAAUGCUGUAGCUGUUGAACAUGUUUUUACUGAAUGCCGUGUUCUCUCAACAGUGUUGCAGCUCUGAGUUGAUUCAGUUCAUACUGAAGAAUGCAAUAUGCAUGUUUGUCAUUUUUCCCAAGUUUUGUUUUAAACAAAAUAUUAGUGUAGCUUUUUCUUUGUUCUUAUGCAUUUACGUAGAUACACUAUGAUAGCCUGUUUGCCAAAUUUGAUAAUAAUAAUAAUGUGAUAAACUGAACAUUUCUGGUGGAAUUGAACAUCUCUUUAUUUUUUAGGAAAAGAAAUAAUUGGAAAUUCCAGGACCCUUGUGAAAGCAGUUGAAUGUAUAUCUUUGUACAAAACUAUUUUAGUUCCAAGAAUAUGGUAGUUAGAAUAGAUGUGAAAGAUAAGAUAACCUUUUUUAUAAAUCUUUUGUAUUAGAACAUUAACAAUGGUAAUUUUGUAUAUAUGGCUAGCUUUCUGAUUAGCAGAAAGGUCAAACAUUCCUACAUUUUUUUUAAAUGUAUGUUUGUCAAAUUAUUACAUAAACAUGCGCAAUGUUAUGUGCCUUUUAUUUGGGUUGUCUAAAUAAAAGAAAACUAUCAAAUG